AUGUCGGACCACGAGGAAGCUGCCGUUUGUGAUGAAAACGUGGAAGAAAGUGCGGAGAAAGUCCUAAAUACGCCAGGCGGAACCGUUUGUAGAGUGGCUACCUGCAAAAGUAAUUCUAAAAAAUCAAAAGAAAAGGGGGAAAAUCUUAUGUUCUUUAGAUUUCCCAAAGAUUCCAAGAUCCAAAAAGAAUAGGUUAGAAAAUGUGCAAAAAAGGAUAAAUGGAAUCCUGAUGUGGACACAAGGCUUUGUAGUAGACAUUUCCAGCCAAAUGAUUAUGAGGAUAAAAUGCAGGCUAGAUUGCUAAAUCUACAACCAAGGAAAGAUAUUAAGUGCUAACAAUCAUUUAUAAAUGCUAUUCCUUGGCUAUUUUUACUAUUGUCUUCUGAAAAACCAGUUGGUGAAUGAACUCUGAGGGUGCUUAAGAAAGAGAGGGAAGAGCAUGUUGAAAAGCUUGAAAAUAUGGACUUAAUGGUGAAAAUCUUCUUCAACUCGAGCAAGUUAAACAAUAAGGAAAUAUUUUUGAUUCAUUGUUGUCAUUAUCAUUUAAACCACAUAUUGAAUAUGUCAUAAUUAUAUCUACAAAAAAUUGUAUUUCAUAAAGAUGUUUUCUAAAUAAUUUUCCAAUCUUAAAAAGAUUCAGGACAUUAUAGUUUUCUUUUUUAUAUAGCUUUAAUGUAUGCUUCAAUCAUAUGGAAUCCAUCUCAAAUUGGUUUCAUUAAUAAGAUAGAGUCUGUUAAUCAUAUGAUUUUAAGAUAUGCCUCCUAUAAGAUUGGUUGUGGUAUGAAUUUUAAUGACCAUGAUUAUACCCAACAACAUAACUUUUCAUAUAUUGAACUUACAAUCUGGUAGAGAUAGAGAUGCUUUAUUUUUGUAUAUAAAUUAGUUAAAAAUAUGAUUGACUGCUCAGAGCUACGUGAAUUGCUUGAUUUUUAUGUGCUUUCUAGGACACUAAGGGACAAUAUGUAUUAUUUUAAUUCACCUGUUUUAAGACCUGGCAAUAUGUGUCC